AUUGUAUCAAAUAACCAGGCUACUCACUAUCUGGGAAGAGAUCAACGCAGAUGAAACCAGUAAAAGAUGAUGAAGGAAAUUUAAUUACGAAAGAGGAGAAACAAAGGAAACAAUGGGCCGACCACUUCAAGAAGCUCUUGAAUCGACCACCACCUGCACUUCGUCCAGAAAUACCACCUGCAGCCGCUGAAUUACAAGUGAACAUAAAUCCUCCAACAAAAGUGGAAGUCUUGAACGCCAUAAAGCUACUGAAAUGUGGGAAAGCAGCAGGACCAGACGGGAUCCCUCCAGAAGCACUGAGAACAGAUGCAGAGACAACAGCGGACAUGCUCACACCACUACUGCAGAAGGUGUGGAAGGAAGAGAAGGUACCUGCCAACUGAUUAGAAGAAGGGUUACCUUGUCAAACUCCCGAAGAAGGGAGACCUCGGUGUUUGCAAGAACUGGCGAGGAAUCACUCUCCUGUCCCUGUCCACCCAAAGCAAAAUAUUUAGCCGAAUCAUUCUGGAGAGACUAAAGGAUGUACUGGAUUCAAAACUACGACCGGAACAGGCAGGCUUCAGGAAGUACAAAUCAUGUGCCGACCAAAUUGUAACGCUACUCUAGGCAUCAUCAUAGAACAGAGUAUAGAAUGGCAGUCAACUCUUCACCUUACCUCAACUUUAUCGACUUUGAGAAGAACUUCGACAGCGUCGACCGACAAGUAAUCCGGCAGUUGCUUCAACACUACGGAAUACCACAAACCUGUAUCAACUUCAUUCAACAACUAUAUGAAGAUG